UAAAAUGCAGUUUGAUGAGCGAAUUUUUUCCUCCGGAUUCGCCGAAAGAAAUCAUGUUUAUUUGCACCUUUGAGGACUGUUCUGCCAGCUUUAACAAGAAAUGGAAAUUGGUUGAACAUGAGUCCAAACACACCGGCAUUAAACCGUUUGUAUGCACCCAUGAGGGGUGUACCAAGGCCUUCACUAGAAAGCCUCAUCUACAGAGACAUCUUGGUUCUCACAGUAAUCAAAACGAUUUCUUAUGCGAGGAGGUAGGAUGUGGGGCAGCAUUCAACAACAAAGAUAAUCUUAAGAGGCAUAUUAAAAGAGUACAUCAAGGCAGACAAUACAAGUGUGAUCAUGCAGAUUGUGGUAAAACAUUCAACAAACAUCAGCAUCUCACUGUACAUCAGUAUGUUCAUACAAACAUCAGACCAUUCAAAUGUGAAGAAGAAGGAUGUGAUGCAAGUUUUCUAAUUCCAAGCAAACUUAAACAACAUAUGAAAGUUCACCAGGGGUAUACCUGCACAAGAGAAGGAUGUAAUGACUGGUUCAGUAAAUGGAGUGAACUAAGAGCUCAUUUGGCUACCCAUACAUCCGAAUUUCCUUGUGAUGAAUGCAGCAUGGUGUUUAACAAGAAACACAAGCUUCGUAAUCACAUGAUGGUUCAUGCUACUGAGAGAGAAGUCUUUGUCUGUCCUAGAGAUGACUGUGAUAGAAGAUUUAUGAAGCAUGAAAGCUUGCGGCUUCACAUCAGUAAGUUCCAUGAGGGCGCUAGACCAUUUUCUUGUUCUCACUCUGGUUGUAUGAAGACGUUCAGCUAUAAGAAAUCAUUAGUUCAACAUCAAGUGGUUCAUCAACCAGGUUAUCAAAAACCACCUCCAAAGCCUCGGAAGAGACGUAGUCUUGCUUCAAGACUUGCUGGCCAUGGUGACGUUGAUGAGCCCGACCUUCUCUCAAGUCCUCUUCAUACAUUGACCUUUGACCCUGGAAAAGGAGACCCUCAAAUGAGCCCUAAUGUGAACACUGCACAAUCCAGUGAUAUCCCAUCUACUUCAACCUCAGUGACCUUUGACACUACUAAGGAAGAUUCACCAAAAAGGUCAAAGUUGAAUACUGAAUGUUCAAGUGAGAUCCCUUCUUCAUCAACCUCACUGACCUUUGACACUGGAAAGGAAGACUUGCCAAAAAGGUCAAAGUUGAAUACUGAAUGUUCAAGUGAGAUCCCUUCUUCAUCAACCUCACUGACCUUUGACACUGGAAAGGAAGACUUGCCAAAAAGGUCAAAGUUGAAUACUGAAUGUUCAAGUGAGAUCCCUUCUUCAUCAACCUCACUGACCUUUGACACUGGAAAGGAAGACUUGCCAAAAAGGUCAAAGUUGAAUACUGAAUGUUCAAGUGAGAUCCCUUCUUCAUCAACCUCACUGACCUUUGACACUGGAAAGGAAGACUUGCCAAAAAGGUCAAAGGUAAAUACUGAAAAUUCAAGAGAGAUCCCUUCUACAUCAACCUCACUGACCUUUGACACUAGAAAGGACGACUCUCCAAAAAGGUCAAAGGUGAAUGCUAAACAAUCAAGUGAUUUUCCUAGUACUUCAACCUCAGUGACCUUUGAUACCAGAAAGGAAGACUCUUCAAAAUGUUGGAAGUUGAAUUCUGAACAAUCGAGAGUGAUUCCUUCUACAUCUACCUCAGGACAGAAAUGUCUACCUUCAGCGACUUCGUCUAGAAAGGGCUCUCUCAAAGCUGACAAGAAGAAGAAAACAUUAUCCCAAGUUGAUGAAAAUAAUCUUGAUGUGUGUGCUACAAAUAUUCUUCUCAGCAUGCAAGGAAUAGAAUACAUGUCACCUGAUUUUGAUUGGAGGUCACCUGACUUUAAUGGGAGUAAAGACAAGGAAUUCUCAGAGACAAUUGAUCACACAGACACUCUAUCAAUGGACUGUUGUUUGACAAAUAAUGAGAGGAUAAAGGCAAAGUAACUUCCUGUUUUAACACAAGUUUUUGUAAGAUGUGAAACACAGGUCUUGCCAUUGACUUAGAAUCUUCUGAACAAUUUGAAAUUACAUUGGAUAUUAUUUUUAUCCUAUCUAAACGAAAGUAAUUCAUAAAUCGUGAUUUAUAUUCACCAACUGAUAAAAUCAGUCUAAAUCAUGUUAGCCAUACAUUCAGACUGCCAUGGUGCAAGUUUUAGGGAUAUUUUCUUCUUUUAUACUGAAAGUUAUGAAAAAUUAAACUGAUAUCAUUGGAAAACUUAAUUAUUUUUCUUUACAAUGGUGUGGCAUUUUUGUGGUAUUAUGUGGCAUUAUGUAAUCCUAGAAUAUUUAGUUUACCAAGAAUAAAGGGCAUAGUCAAAUGUUGCUAAAUGCAUUGUUUUCUAACCAAAAUCUCCAUUUCUUUUAAAUGUGCAAUGUACUUUGAACUAUGUAUGGGAAACUGUUUUGCAAAAUUUUAUUGGUGUAAUGGUGCUUUCUUUAAAGAAUAGAAUUUGAUUGAAUAAAUGUUCUUCAAAACAGAAACCAACAUUUCAAACUUGUUUAAAAUUGAUCAACAUUAUACCAAACACAUUUGACCCAUUCUAUGAGAAUACACCAUGUGUGGAUUUCCAGCAUCGAUGCAUCAACAUCAUUCAAACUAGGUCAAUCUUUCAUUCAUCCAUCAUGAAUUGGGAAUUCAGAAAUGAAAACAACAAAUUUUUGCAAUAUUUCAUUUUUAUAUUGUUGCAUAUUCAUCACUCCAUGAGCAUAAGACGUGACAGAUCAUUGUAAAGAGAUAUAAUCAUGCUUUCCAAUGAUACCAUAUUCACAUAUGACAGAGCUUUAGGAUUUAUAUUUGCCCCUUACUCUUUGAGUUACAUUAUUUUAAGGGUUUUAUAUUUUUAAGUAUUUAGUUCCUUUUGCUAUUAAGAGUAUUAUUUCAUUAAAUGAUACAACAAAUUCCACACUGGUGCCAAAUCAUCGAUUGAUAUUUUAAUAAACAAUUAAAAUAUGCAUUGAAAUUUGUCAAGUUAGGGUGAUGUUUUCUAUAUUAACUUUGCUUUAGAGUGGUGAAACAUGAUCAUUUUAAGUCCAAGAAAAUGUUCUUUCUAAAUGGAUUUAUCUUCAGUAAAAAUGUAGGAAAGUCAAGUUUAACUUCCCUAUCUGUAAUCUGCUGGUACUGGUCAAAUAACUUGUUAUAAUUUAACUUGUAUGGUUAAGAACAUUAAUUUUAUGAGUAAAUAAACAGGGGCAUGUUUCUCAACACUUGGACAAGUUGGUCAUAUCUUUAUCCACCAACCAUGGAGUUAGUUCCAAUCUUACUAAACCCUUUUCACAAAAGUAUUUUAAACUUGAAUCCAUUGAUAUCGAUACUAUCAGUAGAAAGUACAUACAUGUACAAGACGUAGCCUUAGUCACAAAAAAACAUAAUUUUCAAAAAGUAAAAUCAUGAUAAAACUGCAAUUAUUGUGAUGAAUUUGGAAAUACAUCUAAUCAAAAUAAUAGCAGAGGCAAAAUAUGCAUCAAACAUACUUAAACCAUGCAGACAUGAGCAUUAAAUUGCUGAGAAAAUAAAGUUAUCACUAAUUCAUUUCAUGACUAAAAAUCGCAUGUGGACGUUGAGAUGCGUACCCCGGGAUAUCAAAUUUUAAUAGUUUACAGAAGUAAACCAUAAAGGCUUUCUUCAUAAAAUGAUAAUUAUACAGGUUUUUAUGAUUCCAAACAUCAUCAAAAUAUAUUGUAUAAUAAAUUGCUAAACUCUUUAGAUACCGAAACAUACGAUUUGAUAAAUUAUAUGCAUAAAUUAGAAAGAAUUUAUCAAAAUGUUGAUAAGGGUCUGAAAACAGCGAGUACGAGUCCAGUUAUGGAUGGCCUGACAUGGUAGAAUCUAUCGAUUCAAUUAUUUUACUUUUUCAAAAUGAUUGGUUUUGUGGCGUUUUACCAACACUUGUUAUAAUUUCUGUGCAUUACAAUUAUUAUUGAAUGAUUUAUCACACUUGUUUUGCAAUGUAAUUUCAUCUUCUAUGAAUUAUUACGUAAUGUUAUAAUUUUCUAAUUUCGAGGCACUUUUGCGUGUCAUAGUCUACCCAUGUGAUAUCACUACGUCAUUAAGAAAGAAGUUAUGACAGGUUCGGAGGUGUCGUAAAUAUUUAGUCAGGUUGUUGUCCCCGAUCUUGGCAAAGAGGGCUCCGUGAAACGGUUAGCGGACAAGUAGCUCACUAUCUCCGAUUUAGUCAAGAAGUUAGACUUAUGACUGUGUUGAGAAAUGGGCCCCAGGUCUCAUUAGAUGGAAGGGCUGUGGUGUGAUAUUUAUCAACCUUGUAAUUGCCUUUGAUACCUUCUCAAACCAUUAUCACUCUUUAAUUGAUCCCAAAGCAGGUGCCCUGCUAUCUGGAAAUAAUCAAAUGCCAUCUGAAGUCAUUUUUACUGCUGUUUGAUAGUUAUAAAGAGCACUUUUGUUUUAGGGGAAUCAAUAUAAUUACAGACUUCUUCAAAUCAUGUAUUGUGGUUGACCUGGGGAGCUUUUAAUGAAAGGACUUGUCGGACAUCUCAUCCAACAAGUCCCAUUUUAUCCGACAGUUACCAUAACAUUACUUUCAGCCAAUGAAAAUGAAUUAAAGAUGUCAGAUCUGACAACUUGUCAGACAAAAAUGUUGAUGAAAUGCUCCCGUUAUCAGAUGUGUGAGAAGACACAUCAUAUAUCAUAUUACAUGAGUUUAAGCUGCUAAUGGGUAUGCUGCAGGUAUAACUACUUUGUAUUCACUAUUAAAGGUAAAGGAUUCUAUUGUUUUUAAUCAAAGGCAUUGUGCAAUCAUCAUUUCUGGCAUUAAUGGAUGUCCCAAUAAUCAUCCUUGUUUUCAAAUAAAACUACAUGAAUAUCAUGAA